AUGCCAGCCUUCAACCUCGCGACCUGCGCGCGGCCCAACAUCCUCGCUCUGGAGCCGUACCGCUGCGCUCGAGACGACUACAAGGACGACGGCACCAACAUCCUCCUCGACGCCAACGAAAACGCCUUUGGCCCGUCCCUCACACCAGCUGCCGCGGCGGCGGCCUCGGCCUCCUCGUCAGUCGGCAUCGACUGGCUCGGCCUCCACCGCUACCCCGACCCGCACCAGCGCGACCUCAAGCAGCUCCUGUGCGACCUCCGCAACACCCACGCCCACACACCCGCCACCCUCACCCCCGACCACCUCUUUGUCGGCGUCGGCUCCGACGAGGCCAUUGACGCGCUGCUGCGCUGCUUCUGCGUGCCCGGCCGCGACCGCAUCCUCGUCUGCCCGCCCACGUACGGCAUGUACUCGGUGUCGGCGCAGGUCAACGACGUCGCCCUCGUCAAGAUCCCGCUGCUGCCCGCGCCCGGCUUCGCCCUCGACGUCGCCCGUGUCACCGCCGCCCUGUCCGCGCCCGGCAGCGAGACCAUCAAGCUGGCGUACUUUUGCUCCCCCGGUAACCCGACCGGCGCGCUGCUGAGCAAGGCCGACAUUGAGCAAGUUCUCGCGCACCCGACGUGGAACGGCGUCGUCGUCGUCGACGAGGCGUACGUCGACUUCGCCCCCGACGACGCCUCCCUCGCCGAGCUCGUCGCCGAGCACCCCAAUCUGGUCGUCAUGCAGACGCUGUCCAAGGCGUUUGGCAUGGCCGGCAUCCGUCUCGGCGCCGCCUUUGCCGCGCCCGAUGUCGCCCGCGUCCUCAACAGCCUCAAGGCGCCGUACAACAUCUCCAGCCCGACCAGCGCGCUCGCCGCCGCCGCCGUUGGCGCCGAGGGCCUGGCCGUUAUGCGCGCCAACCGCGGCCGCAUCGUGGCGCAGCGUGACCGGCUCGUCCGCGAGCUGCCCGCAGUCCCCGGCGUCGGCCGGCUGCGCGGCGGCACCGAGAGCAACUUUUUGCUGUACGAGAUGCUCAACGCCGCGGGCGAGCCGGAUAAUGACGUCGCCCACAAGGUCUACUCGGUGCUUGCGGAGAACGAGGGUGUCGUUGUUCGCUUCCGCGGCAAGGAGCACGGCUGUCUGGGCUGCCUGCGUAUUACCGUUGGCACAGAAGAAGAAGUAACUCGCUUUCUUUCUUCGCUAAAAGAGGUAUUGGAAAAAGUUAGAGGCCAGUGA